AAAAAAAAUCAUAGAAUAAGAAUAAUUAAACAAACCAAUCAAAUUAACAUUUUUAUUUAAUACGGACCUGACAAAGGCCAGUCACCGCCGCAAUUUUACAUGAUUAAUACCGUACACAAUGUUGUUAGAAAUGUGAAUCCUUAACAUCCGUCGUAAUUCUACGUUAAGAUUCAUUUUAAAUUUACAAGUGGCCGUUUAUUAAAUUGAAAAAAUAAAAAAAAAUGGAAUCAACAUCUUACACUCUUAUUACACAAAAUGACGACAAAGAGCUUGCACAUCGCAGAUUUAAAGAUAGAAUGGCACGAAACUGGGACAAAUUCGUUUUGUUGAUGUGGAAGAAUUGGCUCCUCCAAUAUCGGAAGCCGGUGCAAACUGUCGUCGAAUUAUUGGCACCCGUCUUAUUUUCCAUUCUGUUAGUUUGCAUUCGAAGAUUCGUCGAUCCUACACAUCAUGAUACGGUCGUCUUUGAACCUUUUUCGAUACUUAAUCAGUUACAGAACAAGAGCUUAACUGGAAAUGGUACCGGAUUUGCAAUGAAUCUGUCGAUAAUUUAUUCACCUUCAACUCCGGAAACUGAUAAAAUCAUGUCACCAUUUGAAAUGGUAGGCUGCAAAUUAAUUCCCACCAAUAACCGUAAAGAAUUAGAGGAGGCUUAUGCGAUGAAUGAGACUUCACUGCUCCCUGCCAUCGAAUUUUCGCAGGACUUCAGUGUGAUGAAUGACAAUAUUAGCAUAACUAUAAGGUUUCCCUCUGAGCUCCGUACAUCGUUCAAUCUCAUAGGUGGCAAUACUUGGAAAACAUAUUUGAUAUAUCCCUUGUAUCAGGUUGCAGGGCCUAGGUCCUACAAUGAUUCCACUGGUGCACCUCCAAAUUACUUCAAGGAAGGAUUCCUACUGGUCCAACAAGUUCUUACCUUACUGAUAGUACUGGAAAGAAAAAAUAUAAAUAUAAAGGAUUUUAAACUGAAUGAAACGACAUCAUGGAUCAGACUUUUGUCAAGGAUACUCACAAAUGAUGGGGUCAUGGAAGAUGUACCAAUAAUCGAAAUGCGUAGAUUUGCUUAUCCAUCAUGGAACGAAGACAUCCUUCUUCAAAUGUUGAUUUCAUUUUGUGGCAUCAUCUUCAUGUUAAGCUUCGUGUACACCUGUAUUAACACUGUAAAGACAAUAACGACAGAAAAAGAAAAACAACUAAAGGAAGCUAUGAAAAUAAUGGGUUUGUCUAAUUGGUUACAUUGGACAGCUUGGUUCGUUAAAAGCUUCAUAUUUUUAAUAAUAUCUGCGGUGUUGAUGGUCAUCCUCUUGAAAGUUAGGUGGUACCCAAACACUGACAUCACACUUUUCACUUACGCCGAUCCUUCAGUCAUGUUGGUUUUCCUUAUAUUUUAUAUUUGUGCCACCAUCACCUUUUGUUUUGCAGUCAGUGUCUUUUUUUCUAAAGCCAACACGGCAGCCACAAUAUCUGGUUUAGCUUGGUUUUUGUCUUACACACCGUACUUGUUCCUUCAACAAAAAUAUGAUCAACUCACUCUUUUCACCAAACUGUCGGCGUGCCUCGGAUCAAACACCGCAAUGUCCUACGGGUUCCAAUUAAUGUUGAUGUUUGAAGGAACUGGUGAAGGUAUUCAGUGGAGCAACGUGUUUAAAACUGUAACUCCAGAUGACAAUUUAUCUUUGGCAGUUGUAAUGGCCAUGCUGUUUAUUGACUGCAUCAUAUACCUGCUUAUAGCCCUUUACGUCGAAGCUGUAUUUCCUGGAGAAUAUGGAGUUGGGUUGCCUUGGUACUUCCCAUUUACUUCUGUUUUCUGGUGUGGGCAGCCACGAAAUACAGGCACCAACAACUAUUCACCUCUAGACGACAACGUAGGUGAAUAUUUUGAAAAAGUCUCAAACACCAUGAAACCUGGCAUAGAAAUAAGAAACCUUCGUAAAGUAUUCGGACACAAUGUGGCCGUAAAUGGAUUAACAUUAAAGAUGUAUCAGGAUCAAAUAACUGUACUUCUGGGCCACAAUGGAGCUGGUAAAACAACCACCAUGUCCAUGUUAACGGGGAUGUUCCCACCAACAAGCGGCACAGCCAUCAUAGACGGGUACGACAUCAGAACUGAAAUGUUGGGUGUACGUGAAAGCUUAGGGCUGUGCCCACAACAUAACAUUUUAUUUGAUGAGCUCACCGUCAAAGAGCACAUAUAUUUCUUUAGUAAAAUGAAAGGUCUGCAUAAGGAUGAAGUGGCAAAUGAAAUAAACAAGUACAUCGCCUUGUUGGAGCUUGAACCCAAGAGGGACGCCAUGUCGAAGACCUUGUCGGGAGGCAUGAAAAGGAAAUUGUGUGUUGGUGUAGCUCUAUGUGGGAAUUCCAAAGUGGUCAUGCUGGAUGAACCAACUGCGGGCAUGGACCCAUCAGCAAGACGAGCUUUAUGGGAACUAAUACAAUCUCAAAAAGAAGGAAGAACCAUGUUGCUGACCACCCAUUUCAUGGACGAAGCUGAUUUGCUAGGAGACAGGAUAGCUAUAAUGGCCCGAGGCGAACUACAAUGUUGCGGAUCAAGCUUUUUCUUAAAGAAAAAAUAUGGAGCCGGUUAUCAUCUUAUAAUGGACAAAUCCAAAGACUGUGAUGUUGAUGAAGUAACUGAAUUAUUAAGGAAACACAUUCCAAACAUAGAAGUUCAUUCCAAUAUUGGGUCUGAAUUGGCAUACUUAUUGCAAGAGGAUCAAGUCAGUCUUUUUGAAGACAUGUUGGUGGAGUUAGAGGAGAACUUUUCAAAUUUAAAGAUCAACGGUUAUGGAAUUUCUUUAACAACAUUGGAAGAGGUGUUUAUGAAAGUUGGUGCUGAUCAAGGACAUGGAGACAUGUCUUCUGACGAUGGAUAUGACAAUGAAGAACAUUUUGAAGAACAUAAUGGCACCACUGUGCACAUUGAACAUCAACCUCAGAUACUAAAAGGUUACCCUUUAAUGUUGAAUCAAAUUUAUGCCAUGAUCAUGAAGAAAAUAUUGUCAUCCAUGAGAUCAUGGAUAAUUCUCACGAUUCAAAUAUUGAUGCCUGCUGUUUAUCUGAUAAUUGUCAUGCUUGUCAUUAAAAAUUCUGGUAACAUGAAGCCCUUGCCCUUACUUAAAAUGGACCUAGACCAAUUUGGUGCCACCAACACACUAAUUGAAUAUAAAGACGACGGUGCUACAAAUAAAUACUUAGAAGAAUAUAAAAACGUUGUCAACAGUACUACUAACACAAUAAUUUUUAUGGAAAACAUAACAGAACAUGCCCUACACUUGAGGUCUGAGAGUCCCACCACAUUUAAAUAUAAAUAUCCAAUUGGGGCAGCCUUUAAAAGGACUAGUUGCCCCUUUAAUGUAUUCACCUGUAUAUAUAUUACAGCCUACUUUAAUAAUGAUGCCUUACAUUCUCCUGGAGUGACGACCUCUUAUGUGUUGAAUGCUGUGUAUAGGGUGCUAACUGAUUGCCCCACUUGUACUAUUACUUUCAAUAAUUACCCAUUACCGUACAGCACAGAAACCCAGUUUCAACUAUUAAGUUCCGGACAAAACCUCGGGUUCCAGCUAGCAUUUAAUGUUGGGUUCAGCAUGGCAUUUGCAGCCUCCAUAUUUAUUCUCUUCAUUAUCAGAGAACGAGUUUCCAAAUCAAAACACCUUCAGUUAGUUUCUGGUGUCAAGGUAUCGAUAUUUUGGUGUGUGACUUACAUUUGUGAUUUUUUGGUUUAUAUUGGAAUGGCUAUUGUUUUUAUGGUGACACUUAUUUGUUUCUCACAAGAUGGUUAUAAAACAACUGAUGAAAUAGGCCGGGCUUUGCUCAUUCUUUUGGCCUUUGGAUUCUCCAUCAUUCCAUUGAUGUACUGGUCUGGAUUUGCCUUCGAAGUUCCUUCCACAGGGUAUACACGUAUGACGUUGGUGUCUGUGUUCUUAGGUAUAGUAGCAUUUAUGGUCAUACAAAUAUUGGCUACGCCAGGUUUUGAUUUGGAACAUGUGGCACACAUGCUACAUUGGAUAUUCCUCCUUGUCCCUCAUUACUCAAUGAGCACAGCAUUCUUGGACAGUUUUACUUUAUAUCAAACCAAUUAUAUAUGUAACAAUUUAGCCAAACUGGGGAAUACCAACAGUAGUAGCUUUUUAAAAUAUUGCUCAGAUUACGGAGACUUUUACUUCCGAUUCAAAGAGCCAGGGAUAGGAAGAAACAUUUUAUAUUCUUUAUUGGUUGGUGCAGUUGCCUUUUCGGCCCUAUUAAUCUUUGACUAUAAAAUUUUCUCCAACCUCAUGUACAAAAUUACUUUGAAAUUGUAUGGAAGCAACAUAGCACCACAAAUAGCUGAAGACGAAGAUGAUGAUGUUACUGAAGAAAAGCUUAAGAUCAGGAAUGCCUCAGAGACAACAUUGAUGACCGAUUAUACGUUUGUAAUGAGAGAUGUAACCAAGUAUUAUGGACAAUUUUUAGCUGUUAAUGGUCUUUGCUUGGGUGCCAAAGGAUAUGAGUGUUUUGGUUUACUAGGAAUUAAUGGGGCUGGAAAGACGACCACAUUCAAAAUGAUGACUGGAGAUGUUAAAAUUUCUUAUGGUGAUGCCUGGGUCAAUGGUUUAAGCAUAAAAAAUCAGUUGAAGGAAGUUCAAAAAUAUAUUGGGUAUUGUCCACAGUUUGAUGCUCUUCUGGACGACUUAACAGCCAGAGAAUCCAUCAAAAUGUUCGCCCUCCUUAGAGGAAUACCUAAUAAAGAUUGUGACGCUCUUGCAGAAAAUUUAGCUAGGGAUUUCGACUUUACUAAACAUCUGGAUAAAAGAGUAAAACAAUUGAGUGGUGGGAACAAACGGAAACUGAGUACUUCAAUUGCUUUAAUCGGUGAUCCCCCUGUUAUAUAUUUGGACGAACCAACAACUGGCAUGGACCCAGCAACGAAGAGGUACCUGUGGAACGCUCUCUGCAAAGUGAGAGACAGUGGGAAACUAAUAGUACUUACGUCACACAGUAUGGAAGAAUGUGAGGCGUUAUGUACUCGAAUAGCCAUUAUGGUGAAUGGGAAUUUUAAAUGUUUGGGAUCCACACAACACUUGAAGAACAAAUUUGCCGGUGGAUACACGCUGAUAAUUAAAAUAAAAAAAUUAAGUGACAGUCGAGGUGUUCAUCAUUCAACGACGGGGCCUGCUGAAGACUUUGUUAAAACAAAUUUUCCCGGUGCAAAACUCAGAGAAAGACAUCAAGAAUUAUUGACGUAUUAUAUUACUGAUACUAGUUUGCCUUGGUCUAAGAUGUUUGGGAUACUUGAAAGGGCGAAGCACAAUGAUACUUUGAAUAUUGAAGACUAUUCUAUAGGACAAUCAAGUUUGGAGCAGGUGUUUUUGACCUUCACAAAAUUGCAACGUUAAAAUUAUAAGAUACUCUGGAAGAGUAAAAGUGAUGCUUUUGUAUGUGAUAAAUCCCUAUUGUCAGUAUUUUAGGAAUACUCAUUAUUUAUUUUUAUUAAAUGACAUUUUGUGGUGGUCCAUAAAACUAUAUUUUUAUUGAUACAUAGUAAAUAAAAUUUUAAUAAAAUAACUUUUACAUGUAUGUACAAUUGAGUAAACCUUUUAUCUACGCAUUUUGAAAAUCAUUCAUAUCCAGCUGUGUGAAAUCAUGUUAAGUAGUGAUCGGUGUGUCAAUUUCCAAUAAUUAAGUAAGUAAAAGUUUUUAUUUCCACUAUUACACAAUAUUUAGUUAAUGACCAGCGACAAAAUCUCUUCAUCACUUAACUAGUAACGGCUUGCAACAGAAAUUAUCACUUAACCACCGAU